GGGCUUUUUGUAUCUUUUGUUUGUGAACACCAUGCCUUCAAGUUAGACUUAGAAACUGACAUAUUUUUCUAUCUGCUUGGAUGAAACAACUCUAAACACAGUCAGAUUAUCACAUUUCUUUAUAUGUGUAAUUUUAUAGUUAAUUAUUGAGGUAAGAUUGAAAUGAUGUGUGUUUUUCUUUAUUUUUUUUUUCCAAUGUGCAUUUUAUGCGCACGCAGAUGUUUCAGUGUAAUUGUUUGUUUUUUCCCCACCGAGGUCCAAUUUUGGUGUAUCUUAAGUUGGAUAAAAUUGCUUUUAGUUGUAUGUUUACCCGUUUAUGGACCAGCAUCACCUCUAUUGGCCGAUCUGGUCACAUGGUUCGCUAACUUUAUUCAGUUGACACCAAGUAGGAGGGCUUUAUGGAGGGAGGAAAAAAAGACAACUCGAGAAAAAUUAGUAUUUUCUACCUUCAGAAAUUAAUGGCCAUGAGUUCGUAUAUGGUGAACUCUAAGUAUGUGGAUCCCAAAUUUCCUCCCUGCGAGGAAUAUUCACAAAAUAACUAUAUAUCUGAGCAGGGCUCGGACUACUACAGUCCAUCGCAGGACACAGACUUUCAGCAUCCAGGGAUCUACCCACGGUCAAACUACACGGAGCAGCCCUUCAGCUGCAACACUGUGCAGGACUCCACAGUGCAGCCACGGGGUCAUGUGCACGAGAGAUCCAGCCACUCGAGCCCUUUUAGCGCACAGACUGAGCAGGGGCCCCCGGUCCAAGUGGCCGGACCCCGGACUUGUGGACAGCAGCAAAACACAAAGAGCCAAAAUGGGAUACAGUCCAAGCAGCCUGCAGUAGUUUACCCCUGGAUGAAGAAAGUCCACGUAACUACUGUGAACCCGGAUUAUACAGGAUCUGAGCCCAAGCGGUCCAGAACAGCUUACACCCGGCAGCAGGUUUUGGAGCUUGAAAAGGAGUUUCAUUUUAACAGGUAUCUGACCAGGCGGCGGCGGAUUGAGAUUGCUCACACUCUUUGUCUCUCCGAAAGGCAGAUCAAAAUCUGGUUUCAAAAUAGACGGAUGAAAUGGAAGAAAGAUCACAAACUGCCCAACACCAAAGGCAGAUCUGCACCAGCCUCCAGCCAUCUGCAGAGCAUGCAGAAGGACAACCAGACUGAUAUCACAUCAUUAUAAGACAAGAGGAAGGUGUUUUAGAAAUAAACUGUACAUAAAAAAGACAAAGGUUGCAUCUGACUUUUGCAUGGACUGAUGUUGUUUUUAGUCAUUUUUUUAUUUAACAAAAAAAGACCCCAGCAGCAGUGUUGACUCCAGAUUGAGUCAGAAAAUCAAUCAGUCUUUAUAAGUGAGAGGUUUGAAAGUUCUGUUUUUAUUUUCCUCAAAGAGACAAAAACAUCGAACUUUUCUUUUUCUUUUUCUUUUUUUUUUCUUCCUUUUUUUUGGACGCCUAAGGACGUUAAAAUGGGCAACCUCGUCUCAUUUCAUGGAUUUAAACAAAAUGUUGCAGCUCUUCUCACGUGGAUUCACGCUGGUUUUAAAGACUGAAAUGUCUUUAUUCAGAAAAGGAAAGCCCUUGGUUCAAAUUACACACACACACAAACACACACAUAUUAUUUCAGUUUUUCUUCCUAUUGAAACAUCGCAUUAAACGCACAAUAUAUAAAUAUAUACUUGAAGGAACCAUUAUUUUGCAUUUAGAGCACGCCAAACACACUUUCGUUAAGUUGCAAUAACCCGGCUGAAUCUCUCACACCCUCGUUUCUUUGUAACUCGUAUGUUUUAACUUAUUUUGUACAAUAAAGCUUUGAAAUUUUCUUAGCCUAAAUAUAAUUCCCAAAAGCAAGACAUUCCUGUGUGCAUACUAUUCUGAGUGCCCUUAUAAAUCUCUCCUGACAUCUUUGUAAACAGUGUACAUUUUCAGAGGCUCUCACUUGCCAUUUGGAAGUCUUAUAUGAAAGAUCAUUUGUUUCUGCAUGGCAUCGAAUUGAUAUUGGAUGUUUUCUCAUCGGAAAUAAUCAAA